AUGGAAGUUGUGGUCUCGGUGAUGUUGUUGUUAGUGGGUAUAGCUGUUUUGGUGUUCAUUCAUGUUUGUAUAGUUGGAAGAGCUUUCAGGAACAGAAAUGGAAUCAACGGUACCAUCUUUAACCCGAGAAAUGUGAACAGACAUACAAGUAUGUGUAUGUCACAGGAGGAUAUAAAAAAAUUGCCCUGUUUUGAUUACAAAGUGGAAGCUGUGAAAGGGAGCCCUCUGGAUUGUGCUGUGUGCUUAGAGAAUUUCAAGGUUGGUGACAAGUGCAGGCUACUACCAAAGUGCAAUCACACUUUUCAUGUUCACUGCAUUGAUUCAUGGCUACAGAAAACAGCUGCUUGUCCAAUAUGCAGAGCAAGUGCUAAAUCAACAUUAGAAACAGAGGAACAAAGCAAUAAUUCUACUCAAGUUGCACUUCAAAUCACUUAA